AUGAAACUGUUCUAUUACAAAGAUGUCACGCCCAUUGAUUACCAGCCUCAUGGUUUCAAGGAAGGCGACAGCUCAGAUGGUCUCCUUUUUGAUGGUGAUCCCGUGAACCUCAAAGUAGGAUCUGUUUCCACUGGAUUCCAUGUGUUGAAAGUAAGGGUGACAACAGACAGCAAAAGGAUGGGGAUGCUGGAGAACAAUCUGGUGGAAGAGAAUGGUCCCACUGAAAUAUCCCACCAAGGUUUAGAUUGUGAUGAUGAUGAAGAAGAAGAGGACAGCACUAAAGUACCAGAACAGAGGAAGUUUAUGGCUGCUUACAUGGAUAAAAACAGGAUGUUUGAAGAAAAUGCAGCGUCCCAGCACAUGCCCCCUUUGAAUGCAGAUGUAACAGAAACAAUCGGAAAGGAUGGAGCUGAAGAGGCAGAGAGAGAACGCGGUACUAAGACGUCUCACAAAGUCCAAGAAAAACGUUCUUCUAAAGACUCAGUGAAAACCAGAAUGACAUGGCAAAUGGACUUUGCUUCCAGCCAAGAAAACACGGGCACACCAAAGAAGAAGAAAAAGGAAGUCAGCACAACACUUGAUUUGAUUCUUGCCCCUCAAAAGUUAUGACAACUUCGGAAGCUGUAGCUGUGGCUAUAAUGCACCUGGACAGUAGUUUCUGAUUUCUUACCUAUUUUGGAUAAAUUUCUACAGACAUCAUAUAUUUAGGACAAUGUUGAGCCCAGUUAGACUAGGGAAAAAGGGACUGCUAUUAGCCCAGCUGCCUUGAAGCUAUAUAAGCAAACUGAUUCUGCCAUUUGCAAAAGUAUUUCCCAUCCUUGUCUUUGAUAAAAUUUCUGUCGGUGUAGCAAGAAUAUAUCAACCUGUUGGUUAACACUUUAGAAGCUUAGAAAUACAGCUAAACUGUAGUACGGCACCUUUGUAUCAUCGUGCUUCCCUGGAAAACAAAAUUUCAGAGAUGAUUGUUGUGGAUUAUUUUACAUGGAGGAGAAUGCAUUGGAGAUGCUGCCUACGUGUUCUGUGUGUUCCCCCAGUUUUCUCUU